UGACAGCUGUCAUUAUUACUUCAUUCCGCUGCGGAGACAUGUCUUUAAACUGGUCAGUGAACGACCACAAGAGCUGCACGAACCCGCCUUCAGACGCCGUUAAACGGCCACGAAACGACUCAGGGAACAAAGUGACGGUAGUUCUGGGCGCGCAAUGGGGAGAUGAAGGCAAAGGGAAAGUUGUUGAUUUAUUGGCAACAGAGUCUGAUAUCGUGUGCAGAUGUCAGGGAGGAAAUAACGCUGGUCACACAGUGGUGGUGGAUGAGAAAGAGUAUGAUUUCCAUCUUCUCCCCAGUGGAAUAAUCAGCACCAAAUGCACAUCAUUCAUCGGUAACGGGGUCGUCAUUCAUCUUCCAGGAUUAUUUGAAGAGAUUGACAAGAAUGAGAAAAAGGGUCUGAAAGGAUGGGAAAAAAGACUCAUCAUCUCCGAUCGAGCUCACAUAGUGUUUGACUUUCAUCAGGCCGUUGAUGGACUUCAGGAGGUGCAGAGACAAGCUCAAGAGGGCAAAAACAUAGGAACAACUAAAAAAGGCAUCGGACCGACCUAUGCUUGUAAAGCGUCCCGCACUGGACUUCGCAUAUGUGAUCUAAUGGCUGAUUUCAAUGAGUUUUCUACAAGGGUGAAAAACCUGGUCAAGCAUUAUCAGUCCAUGUUCCCCUCUCUUAAAGUGGACGCUGACGGUGAGCUGAAAAAGCUAAAGGAGUAUGCGGAGAGAAUAAGACCCCUCGUCAGAGACGGCGUCUAUUUCAUGUAUGAUGCAAUUCACGGACCCCCGAAGAAAAUCCUGGUGGAGGGCGCUAACGCGGCCCUUCUUGACAUUGACUUCGGAACGUACCCGUUUGUGACAUCAUCGAACUGCACCGUGGGUGGCGUGUGCACCGGUCUCGGCAUCCCUCCCGCUUACAUCGGAGACGUGUUUGGAGUAUCGAAAGCGUACACCACCAGAGUCGGGAUAGGGGCCUUUCCUACAGAGCAGCUCAAUGCUGUAGGUGAACUGCUACAGACCAGAGGUCAUGAGGUGGGCGUGACCACAGGCAGAAAGAGACGCUGUGGUUGGCUGGAUUUGGUUAUUCUCAAAUAUGCGCAUAUGAUUAACGGAUUCACUGGCAUUGCUUUGACUAAACUGGACAUUCUUGAUGUCUUGGAUGAAAUAAAAGUGGGCGUGGCUUAUAAAAUACAUGGAAAAAGAAUCCCAUAUUUCCCAGCCAACAUGGACGUUCUCCAGAAGGUGGAGGUGGAAUAUGAGACUUUUCCUGGAUGGAAGAUGGACACUUCAGCCGCGAGAAAGUGGAACGAUCUUCCUCCUAAAGCUCAGAACUACAUCCGCUUUGUGGAGAAUCACAUCGGCGUUUCUAUUAAGUGGGUUGGUGUUGGGAAAUCCAGAGAAUGUAUGAUCCAGAUGUUCUAGAUCAUGAGAACCCAGCGGUCCGUUCACAGGACGUUUCACAACAGCGGCUGCGCUGACGACGCCCACUGCUGCGCAUCUACAGAUUAUCAGCACAACGGGAGGCUUUACGUGAUAGAUAACAAACUGCUCUCUGUUUAUGUCCUUUCUGUCUAUCAGUUGUGUGGAUUAAAGCUGUUACUCUUUGAUUGUUA